AUGAACGGAAUUGCCGACCUGAACAAUUCAUAUGAGGGCAACCUGGAAAACGCCACAGCCUCUCACAAUGUGGAAGCAAAUGACUAUGUGAUGGAAGGAAAGACUUCCCAUUCUUCUACCUUCACCAGAAAAAAUGAAAAAAUGGAUCAAAAAAAGAAAAAUAAGCAGAACGAAGGGAAAACAAAUCCGCAUGAUGGGGAAGAAAAACACAACAAUAUUACAAAUGAACUUUUGAUAAACCAUGACGAAGUGGCUACGUCAAAUACGCAGAAUAUGAACAUAACACACAGAGUGAAGAAGGAUUCAGUGGUGGAGAAAAGACGAGAAACUUUGAGCAUCAGUUCUUCUAGGGCAAUUUUUCUAAAAAAAGAGAAAAAAUAUAUGUUAGGUUGCCACUUCACGAAGGAGAAAUGUCAAGAAAAUAUCGAAAAAAUAAAUGAGAAAAUAAACUAUACGAUGAAAAAGAUACUAAAAUUGUACAACGACUCAAACAAGAAGCAAUAUUUAUCAAGGUUAUUUCAAAUGAAAGACAUUAGUUGCCUCUUCAGUUGUAUGUUCUUCUGUCUACUAAUUAUAUUUUCGAUUAUGAAUGAAUACGUCGGAGUACUACUUUCCAUCUUGCUACUUAUCAUAUCCAUACAGCUAAAAUUUAGUCGGUCAAAUAUGGCUUUGCUCAACUCUAUUGUUGCCAUUCUUUUCAUUUCUAUAGCCACUGCCUAUUCCUUUUCGAACAUAAAAUUGGAGAACAUCCACGAUAAGACCAUUACACGGAUUGACAGCUCAAAUGCGAGCACGAAUAGGAGACUAUUAAUCCUGGAGAUGGUCAUAUGUCUGGCUUAUGCUUCCAUCCUAUUUAUAUAUAUGCUCUCACUACGGUCUGUAAAAAGGUGCAAAGAAAAACACGUCUGGAUAUAUCACCACAUAGUUACCCUUUUCAACUUCCUGGAUGUAUGCAUCCUCUUUACCUUUGGAGUCCUAGCCUUUUUCUUUAUCUUUAUUUGCCUUGGCGAAACUUUAUUUAUCAUUAUGUCAUUCAUAUUAUUUUCGACCAGUGUCCUUACUUACUCUCUUCGUAAAAAGAGCAGCAUAGGGACGUUGAUAUUCCAAACAAUUUCGAUCAUAACGAAUUCCAUUGUAGCUAGUACGUAUUUAUCGAAGAACACAGCAACAGAGAAACUGGCAGAGCUCCCUCCUGACGAAUUAGGGCAAUUAACGAACAGCAUAUUCCUAUUCUAUAUGAUCUUUCUUAUAUUUUUUUUGGUUCUUCACCUAUUGUACAUUUUUUAUAUAUUCUUUUCCCACAAGAAUUUCCUAUCCAAGUGUUUUUCCCAAAGAUCUGUGUACUACUCGAGUGUCUUCCCGCACCCCGCAAGCGUUGCAGAUGAUGAAUCCGGUGAUGUACCUAACUGCAGUGCGAACGGUCAAAGUGAUGAAAGCAGAACACUUAAUAAGAAAUAUGAUGGAUACAGCAGCGGGAAUCUUCCGAAUAAGGGGGAGAUCCAUUUUGUGCGUGAGAAGUACCUGCUCAGUUUAGAUGAUGACAACAAAAUCCUGAAUAUCCAGAGGAGAAGCUGCAAGCAGGUGCAUAUCGAUAUGGGAAAAUACACAUACAACGAGCUUCAUUUGUACAAGCACCUCCUUCUCAACACAUUGGUCGAGUUGAAGCGCUCGCGGUGGAGACGCAGAGGGAGAGGGAACGCGUCCAGGGGGGCAAGGAAUAGGGACAGAACGGGCAUAAAAGAUAAGGCCAAACGGAGGAAAGCCACACAUAAGAAGACCAAACAAGGGAAGCUUAGUAUGGAUGGAACAAAAAGACUCAAGCGAGUGCAACGGUUGAAGAGCCCACAAUGCCAAGGAAACAGGCAGACGGAAGAUUUUGUACUAAGUAUCAACGAAGAAUCGUCCGAAUACCAGACCAAUCACUAUAAUACAGAUGAGGGUCCCAACACACAAGCAAAUAAGAGACAAUGUAGGAGGAAAAACAAAAAGGGUGAACAUAGCUGUGUCCAUUUUUUGCUAAAAAAUUUAUCCCUCGUUCAAAAGGAAAGAAGUCGGAAUAAAGUCGGUCCAAAGAAACCACUGCAGAACCAUCAUCUUUACCUUACCCACUGCGAAAACGACAUAUAUUCCCCAUCCUCCCUAUUUUACUCAAAGUACACAUACAUAAUAGAUGUUUUGCUGGAAAAUUACGAUGAGCUUAUAUUUUACUUAGACCGAAAGAAGUUCUUCUUUAAGCUAUGCGAGUUGGCUGAGAAGGAAAAUCGAACUACGGACAGUGAAAGAAUUUCCUGCCAAAAUUGUGCACGCGAAGGGGAUAUAUUGAAACGUGGAUCGACUGUAAACUCCAAUGCACUUCUACAGAAGAGUAGCAUGAACGAUUCAUCAUCUCCUUUAUCGGAUCCAACUUUGGAAAUUAUCACCGAGUCGCCAUCCCUUCAUCAAGAAUAUUCAGAAUCAAGCCCUGUAAAGGAUGGCUCUAUUUCUCCAUCCGAAGAAAAAAGUCCCAAUUACAUGCACAGAAAUUGGACUGAACAACCUAGAAGUAAUAUACACCUAACGAACGAAUACGGAGAAGAAAAUGAGGGACAAUCGAUAAAGGCGCAAGGCGAUACAGGUGGUUUGAUAACUGGUGCUUCCAAAUGGACAGACAUACUCAACAGAACCGAAGAUGAAUUAAACGAGUGUUACUCACGCUUCAUGCUAAACGCAGAAGGAAAGGCAACAAAGGAGAGAACCAACUCGCUAUUUAGUAAUCUGAACAAUGAUUAUAUGAACAUUCCAGUUUUUUCCUCGACGUUCAACUCCUUCAAUUCCAACUCCCUCACUUCCAAUUCCCACACUACCGACACAGACAACAAAAAGGCAGAGAACUACUUCUGGUACUACUCCCCCGGUAUUAUCGGAAGGGUUUACAAAGAAUGGCUAAAAUGUAAAAAUUUAGAUUAUAAAAAAAUGAAUAAUGAUUUUUAUUAUCUCUUUGCUAAUUCGAAUAAGCUCCACGAAUUCAUAAAGUCCAAUCACAGCACUCUGGAAAGACAGGAAGAAAUUAAACUCUUCGAUAUUAGUCAAGUGCUAAGUAGUAAUAACAGCAUUCUAAAUUCCAUUCAGAAAUCCUUUUCAUCUCUUAAAACAUCUCACUUGUUUUCUGAUGAGGUACCCAACCACAGUUCCUUAAAUAGAAUAAUAAACACCUUUCUCAUGGACACCAACAGCGACAUAGAGAAACUAUGCAUGGUUGAUUGUAAGAAGGUACAUUCAUUUUUAGAGGACACGAACAUAAAUAAAUUUCUUUCAUCAUUGUAUGAUCACAAGGGGAACGAAUUUACCCAGGGAGAGAUGGAUUAUUUCUCCCCAUCAAGACUUACUCCAGAUUUGAUUGAGCAACUGAACCUGAUCGUUGGUGAGAAGAAAUCGGAGGAUGGCACACAAAUGAAGGACUAUUCGUCACAUGUGAUGGGGAAAGUGCCUCCCUAUGAUGCUCUUUGGGAUCAUGAUAUAAACGAUCUGAAUGAUGCCCCCAGAAAGGAGAGGCAAUUAUUACUGCAAGAUAACAUCAAUGGCGUGAUAAACCUCAGCACAUCACACCUGCAGAAGGAACAUGAGGAGAACUUCGACCUGAAUGACCUUCUAAAUUACGCCGAGUCACUGAUUCUGCAGAACAAGCAAAAUGAGGCAAUCAAAGAAAGCGAACUACUAGGAACAGGCAACACAGGUAGCACAGAAAAUACAGAAGUGCAGAUGCAAAGCGACUCGGACGCUGACUCUACCGACAUAAAACACUUUGAUGAAAUUUUAAGCAACUUUAUUAAAAAUUUCGUGUCUACUCGGGAUAGCAAGGUGACACAUAGUACCCCCGAACAGAGUGAACACAAGAAUAACGACAAAAUGAAUUCCUUGAAAAAUAUAGAGGAAAUAUAUUCAAAUAUAAAGAAAACCAUAUGUGAUGAGGAGGCAAGCAGGGCGGUCACCAGUCGAGCUAGUGUCAAAAAAAAUGGAGAAUCCUUAGCCGAACAAAUAAUCCACACCAAGAAAAAAGAGAUAUAUCUAAAAAAGAGAAACGUGAAAAAUGAGCAGAACCUUUCGAAUGAACUACAAAGAAGGGAAGACUCAAAUGGGAGGAACAAAUUAAAUAAAAGCCUCGCAACAGGAAGGACAGAACACCAAUUAAGGAACCUUAACAUAGUGAAGAACAAGUCCAAAGGGAGCAUCGAGUGCUUAAGGAAGAAGGGAAAGAAGGACACGAACCAAUGGACAUACAACACAUUCAAUGAGUAUAUAAAUAACGAUUUAAAUCUUGAAAAAAAAAAAAAUAAAAUUGACAGCAAAGCUGUUCCAGGGAGGAUAAAUUCAGUAUCCUCAGAUGAUGUAAGGGCAAAUAUAAAGUUCACCCUAAUUUGUAGUAGCAGCGAGGAAAAUGUCAAAGAUCAAAAAAGGGGGAAAAAAAAAAUUCUCGACGAAAAGAAGAUUCACGUUGAAGAUACCCAUCUAGGUGAGACACAAAAUUGGGGCAACAUCUCAGAAGGGUUUCUUCCUGCUUACGGGAUUCAUGGGGGAUAUGCACAGACAAAGGAUAACAAAUUUUUAUCAUCCCAGAAAGGGUUAUCGUCCAAGUUGAAUAGGGUAAAAUUGGAGAGAGAGAAAAAAAAUAAACCUAAGCAACGCAUAGACGGAAAGAGCAAAGAAUCAACCCGUAGUAGCGUCAGCAGCACACACGAAGGGGGAAUCUCUAAUGCAGAAAGGAGGAAUGAAUCCUACCAUUGCUUACACGACAAGGAAAUGAACGAUGGACCAAUUGGGAACAGAAUGCACAGUUCAAAUAAUUACAUUGUAGAUGAUAGGGAAAACUCCAACUUCAAGGAUUACACGAAGAAAUCUCUCCUUGAAGACAAUAAAAAAUGGAAAGGCAAAAAUGAAAAGUGUAACGAAACGGAGGAGAUGAAAUGGGACAUUGCGAAUAAUACGGAGAAGGGGAUUCUGUUAAAUGGGAACGAACUUCAUAGUAGCGUGGCCGCAUCGAUAUUGAAAUGCCCCCUCAGUCAAACAGAAGGGAACAGCAAAUACAGCCAUGAAGAGACACAAAAGAGCCUCAAAAUGGAAAACUACCAUCUAGGUGAGAACAAAGAAACACCAUCAAACGAGCGAAAAGAAAAAGGAAACACGAAAUGGAAUCAUCAUAUGGUGAGUGUAAAUGUAAGUAGAGCAGACAGCCUAUCGCCUGUAAAUGAAUACUGCAUACAUAGCAAUCGAGUGAGUUACAAUAAUUCCAGCAACUUGGAUUCGCCCCAAACUUGUGAGCGUCCUGGUGAAGGAGACCAGUAUGGAGGCGCCUAUCGCAAAGGGGAGUUCGCCUACGUUUCUAGUUGCCCCAAAAAUGGUGAAGAAAAAAGUGAUGAUUCUUACAAAUUUUCAAAUGAACAAAAAACGAGCAGCAACUUUAACCUCGACACCCAUGACCUCAUAAAAGAUUUGAAAAAAUAUUUAUGCUCACCUCCAAACAGUGUCGACCUGGAGGAUAGCAAUCUGAAUGACACGUUUCUACUGGAGUUUAUCAACAAGUACUUGGAGAAUAGCAACCCCUGUGAAGUGAGUGUAUACAACGAAGUGGUGUUUGACGAGGCAAGUGUAAAAAAGGAUAGGCACCAAGUUAGCACUGUGCAGAAUCAUGAACAGAGAGAUGGAACCGUCAUGAGGAAUGCAAAGGAAAGAAAAACACAGUACUAUCAUCUGUAUGGUGAUAAAAAAAAGUGGCAGAGAGAACAAGACAAAAAGCUAAGUGGGGCACUAUCCCACAAUUUUUACGAUGAACACAUUGUAAAUUUCCUUAAUACGUACAUGUUUGAAAACAGCGACCGCUUGAUGAAAAAUUCUAUUUUGAAAGACAAGGAGGAAAGUAAUAUGAAACUGGAAAAGUACACUGGAAAGGCUAGACUACCUCUGGAUGCUCAGUCUGCAAUAGUCUACAAGAAGGAUGAAAAGGAGGGUGGUUUCCUCGAAUUCAAAUAUGCUAGUACACAUGGUAAUGACAAUCAUUAUGACGGGAAGGGGAAAUUUCACAUCGAUUUUCACGAUAAACAGGAGAAGACGAAAAAUAAGGAGGAAAACUUUACCCCCAAAGGAACUCACUUAAAGAAGAAACAAAAUGACACCCAUUUGGAAGGAAGUAAUUUCCAUGAGAAGGAAAAAAAUAAAUAUUUUUACAACGAUGAUCAGAUAAGCAUUACCGGGGAAUACGCACCAUGGAAACACGAUGAAAAAAACACUUACAUCUACAAGGACCGAAACAAGGAAGGAAACCUCUCUUCUCACAAGAGAGAAAACAUGUUUGAGGAGUUAAUUAUUUCCAAAGGGAAAGAAGACAAGGUAGAAGAACAAAGCCAAAAGAAUGUAGGGGAAAAUGAGAUGAAAAAAACGAGCAGUGAUAUCUUCUACAGUAUAAGCAAUUUGGAAAGCCUUAAAGUAGAUGAACCGUUGGCUCACCUGGGUGGUAGAAUGAACAGUAACAAUCUCCAUGCAGGAGAAGAAAAGGAAAAAGAAAAAAUAAUUAAAAAGGCGGAUUUAAAUUUAGUCUUACAAAGUAGUGGUAGCGAAAAACAAAGUGAUAGAGCUUCCUCGUCCGAUGAAGGAAACUAUGCGAACGGUGUGGAAGAUUUACCAAAGGAACAUCCCCUUCAUAUUCAUAAACCAAAUGUGAAUAUAUUUGAUCAAGCGUACGGAUUUGAAAGCAAAUUGUCCGAUGUCCUUUCAUCUUCGGGUAUUAAACCUUCAGGUAUUGAACCCUCAGUUAUUAAACCCUCAGUUAUUGAGCCCUCAGGUAUUGAACCUUCAGGUAUUAAACCCUCAGUUAUUAAACCCUCAGUUUUGGAGCCCUCAGGUAUUGAACCCGCGGGACUAUUAGUCGGAAGCGAUGCUUUGUACGAAUCCUUCGCUUAUAAAAGUUUCGAAAAUAUCGAUCAUUUGAAAAGAAGGACACACGAGCUUAGCAGUAAGAAAGCAAAGGAUGAUGCGAGUGGCGACUUGGACGAACAGAAAGCCUCAGUCAUAGUCAAUGUGGCCAUGGAUGAAUCCAACUCAAAGGGUAGAAUUGAAAUCCUUCGCUAUAGCGAUCUUGUCAAGGGGGGAAGUGAUAAUAGGAGCAGUUGUGGUGAGGACACGAAGGAGGGACAGGGUCAAUCGCCCAGCGUUUCUUUACCCAUUUCUAACCAUUCAACGGUGCACGACGUAGGGAAAAUGAAAAAGGAGUACGACUACUUCACGGGAAAAGACGCAAUAAGUUCAGGUAAGAAAAAAGAGCUAAAAAAAGUUCAGCCCAAUCCAAGUAAAGGUCAAAUGGGAAGCACGCAGGUAGACGAAGAAAUCGGGAAGGAGAAAAAUUACUUAAAAAACAAUUUUACCAAUUAUGAAAUUUACGAGAGUUCAAAAAUUAGCGGAAAAGACGCCAAUAGCGGUGGCACGGAUGACAGAACUGGCAUAAGUGCAAGAGACCCAUCGAACAACCAAGUGAGUAAGCAGAUGGAAAUGAAUCUUUUCAAUAAAAUACCCCCUUCCCAGGAAGAGAAAAUAAUACAAUCUAAGCGUAAUACAAAAUUGGGAAAGGAUUCCCUCGGAGAUAGUUACAAGAAUAUUAACCAUGUAGAUGCGCUCCAAGUGGACCAUAACAUUGUCACGAAAAUGAUGACCUAUGACGAGCCAGAAGCAGGAGAAAUUCCACUCCCAUGCACAUAUGGAGGAAAAAUCCACAAAAAUGUUGGAGGCGCUCAGAGCAACUCCUUCUUGUCGGGGGAGAUAUCCUCCUCUAUGGGAAGAAAGAACCUCAUGGAUUCGCAAAACGUUUCAUCGGCUAACCAUAUAAAUGAUAGGAACAAAUCUGGCUUCGCCAACAGCGUGAUAGGAGCCCAACAGAGCAUGUCUCAAACAAAUGAGCAAAAGAAGGCGCGCAGUAAUUCCUAUAAGCAUCACUUUCUCGGAAGGGGAACAGGUGUGAUCAUUGGUCCUGGAGGCGGAAAGGAUACCUCUAAUGGGGGAGAGAGAAAAAAAGAUGAAGCAGAGAAGGUGCAUGCGGGCGAAGUGAUCGAAGCAAUCGAAGGAGACAUAGACGAGGACGAUGAAGACGACUUCUCCGAACAGUUUUCCUCGAAGAGUAAAAUACGAAAGAGUCGGAGACCUCCCAGGAGUAACACCAAAUUGACGCUCACGGAGAAGAUAUCCGUCAGGUUAGGAAACUCGCAAAGCACUGAAAGCGACUUGGAGGAGAAAAAGGGUACAAGGGAAAAAUGGAAUUUGGGCAGCUCAAAGCGUUAUAAGGAGGGAAAUGAUUUGAGCGCAGGAAGGAAAAAAAAAGAAAACUAUACCACCUUGAGAGGAUACAUGACAAAGAAGAGGGAUCACAUUUUCGACAACUCAGACUACAUCAAACACUUUAAUAGCAUCAUUAAAACUUAUUCGUGGUCACCGGAAAAUUUACGCAUAGGCGAGAAUAAUUAUUCCCUGAAAAAAUAUAAGACUUGUAUAGACACGGCUAGCACAGAAGAUAGUGAUGACGCAUCUAAAAUGACAUACUUCGUGAAAGAUGUCCUGGGAGAAAACUCCAAUUCGAUUUCUUCAUCAAGUGGAUACGAAGAAGUAGACACGAGGAAAUACAAGAAGGAGUUCAGUCGUGAAGCAAAAUUACAUCAUCCUUUAAAAUUGCGCAAAGAAAAGCGUAGCGAAUACAAGCACAAAGAGGUUCAUGGGGACGUAAUUCAAUGUAUUAAAACGGACACCCAAGAAUCCUUCAUUGAGCUAAUUGAACAGGGCAAUAUUUUUCCCACCAUUAGAUGUAGCAGGGACGGCGGUGGUGCCCUUCAUCGUAGUCUGCCCUCAAACGGUUACAACAGUUUUGUGAAAAAGGGAGGGAUGUUAUCCACGAGGGGCACUUCAAAUUAUUCUCCUUCUUCCAACCAUUCCAAUUUUUCCCAUUCCUCCGAUCAAGGUGAAAUCCCCCAAAAGAUCAACACACAGACGUACGUUAUGAACGAACGCAAGGAGGCCUCCAAGGUACGUAGCGUGUCGGAGAAUGGUAUCAACAUGGAAGACAUAAAAGUGUUCACAGAUGACGGGUACAAUGAUGAGUACAAUUUUUUUUACAACUGGAAUGAAGUAAAUAACGAAGUUAAUUAUCAAAUGAACAAAACGGAAAAUUAUAAAAAAAUAUAUUCCUUGAAAAAAAAGGGAAACAGUGUGAGGCUGUUCAAAGGAAAUCUUAACAACUCACGCAGAAAACUCCAUUUAAGUGAAGACCUUUAUGCCGAUGGUGGUAAUUUACGAGUCAAGGGAAAUAAUAGCAAUUCUCCAUUUUACAAUAACACAAAACGGAUGCGAAGAUCGGUCACUAUUGGGGAUUCCAACUCGAGCAAUUUCUACAGAUUAGAAAAAAGGGGCAAGAAAAAUGCAAGUUCGUCGGUGAACGCAUUGGGAGAGGAUACCGCACGGAGGAGGUCCACGGUGAAACUCGCGAACAGUGCGUACGACUCUACUUACGAAAUGAAGAACAGCUUAGCAAAAAGAGAACACACAAAAAAUAAUAAUUCGUCUAUCAUUUCAUUUAAUGAAGAAAAGUUUGCACCAAAAGACAUGACCAUUACAAAAAUUAUGCCGCACUACGAAUCGCUUCAUAUAAAUUCUAACUUCUCUUUCGAAUCUAAGUAUACAGGAAAUUUGUGGAAAAAAAUGAAAAGAGGGACAGUUGUGGAGAGGACUAAUCUAGAGGACAGCACCGCCAUCGACUCUCUCAGGGGGAAGUACCACACAAACCAUGACAACUAUUCGAACGGGGGAGUUAACACAGGUAGAAAGAACAAUUCGAAGGGGAGAGUAAUGAAAAGCGCAUUAAGCAAAAGGAAAAAAUCUUUAACGGGGGGACAGAGUGAUACAAACUAUUUGGCAUCAUACCUAUCGCAGGAUUCCCAAAAAAAUUUUGUUCACGAAUUAAAAAAAAAACUGGCCACAAAAAAUGCCCAAGGGAAGAAUAGCCAAAUGGGAAGCAACAAAAAUAAUAAUGGUGAGAACCAAAUGUCCAAAAAGAAGACUUACAUUGAUCCCCAAAAGCUUACCAGUGCUAUUCGAAAUUUUAGAAAUUACAAAAAAAUGUCUCGUGAAAAUAUGAAAGCGGUACAAGUGAAAUUACCACCAAAAAACAGAGAAGCUAAGAAUUACAGACCCUUAAAAUUGCGCUACUCAGUGGACAACUUUUACAAUGUUAUAAAUAGCGAAGACGACGCAAAUGAAGACAUGUUCAUCCACAGGCACGACAAAUGA